CUUUUCAUUUCGUUUCGCGUUUCGUUUCGAAAAACUAAAAAGUCAAACUACUUGGUCUAAUGCUGAAGCUCAACUGUCAGCUGCUCGGUUCGGUUCCGUUCGAAAGCUAACACUCGGCGACACGACACGACACGCAAAGAUAGGGAGAGAGCGUGCUUUUGGUGGCAAAGCUUUUGUCACUGCACUCACUCACUCACUCACCCUGGCGCUGUCUCUCUUUUUAUCUAUCGCUCUCGCACAAGCUCCGAGUGGGCCUGUGCCUGUGCCUGCAUCUCCCUCACACCUACGAGUAUCUCUCAUGUCGCAGUUGCAGCUUGCAUUGGGCGUUAAUGUUCAAGGUCUCGGUGUGUAUGGCCUGUUCAAGGCGACCAACAUCAAGUGCCAAUGCUAUGACAAAACAUUUUGUGAGUUUACGCAGUGCGAAUUGAAGGUAGUUGGACGUGGCCUGGUGGCCAUCAACAUAUACGUUAAGAUCCAUCAACUGCCAGUGAAGAAAGUCCUGGUUAACGCAAGUCUUUUUCGGAGAUUCAAUGGCUUCCGGCCAUUUCUUUACAAUAUUACUCUCAUGGCCAAAUUUCGGGCUUCUCUAAUCUGA